AUGAGGAUUCUUGCGUGGAAUUGUAGAGGGGCGGCUAAGCCGGCCUUUAUGUCAUCCUUUAGGCGGCUGGUCCAGAUCCAUAGUCCGGAGAUCUGCCUACUUUAUGAAACACGACUCUCCGGUAGAGGACUCAGUCAUGUCUUACGACGGUUAGAGGUUGACUGGGAGUCGUAUGCAGUAGACUCCCAGGGGUUGUCGGGGGGCAUUGUGGCUCUGUGGAAGCGGGGUGUGGCUACGAUUGACGUAUUCCACAACUGCUCCCAACAGGUCAUCAUGACCAUCUCGGAACCUAACGCUGCUCCGUGGGUCUUGUGCGGAGUGUAUGCUAGCACUAACCAUCGAACCAGGAGGGUUCUGUGGGACGAGCUCACCCACCUAAUUGCUCUGGGCCUUCCGUCUGUGAUGGUGGGUGACUUCAAUUGUAUCUUGGAGGAGAGUGAGAAACGAGGAGGCAGGGCCUUCACUGACUCUGUGGAUAGGAGGGAGUUCCGCGAUUUCCUCUCGCGGAACGGCCUAGUAGAUCUGGGUUUCUCAGGUCCGCGCUUCACUUGGUGUAACAACCAAUCCGGACGAGCUAGGGUGUGGGAGCGACUGGACCGGGUUGUUGCUUCUACUGACUGGCUCAUCAGAUUCCCGUCCUAUAGGGUCAGCCAUCUUACUCGGAUUGCUUCGGAUCAUUGUCCUUUGCUGCUCUCGACGGCAUCAGGCUCAAGUCAUCGUAGCCCAUUCCGUUUCGAGAAAGUUUGGCUAUCCUUUCCUCAAUCCUGGGACAUCGUCCGGGGAGCUUGGGGUCUGCCGGUCCACGGCGACGCCAUGCAGAGGGUUUCACGAAAACUGGAAUUGACCAAGCGACGGCUACGCCGCUGGAAUCGGGAGGUCGUAGGUGAUAUUUUUAGGAAGCUGGAAGAUGUGGAGGGUGCGAUUGCUGACCUCCAAAGUAGGGAGGAUCAGGUGGGCGUGCUCCCAGAGGCUGAUAUGGUGAGCCUCCGGGGACUACUCGCCACCCACCACUCGAUCCUACGGCAACAUGAGAUUUUCUGGAGACAGAAAUCCAGAAUUCAGUGGGUCAGAGAGGGUGACCGGAACACUAGUUUUUUUCACCGAUCGACGGUUAUUAGGAGGCAGAGGAACACUAUUCGUUCCUUGUGGGAUGAGCGGGGUCAUUGGGUGGACGAUGAUUCGGCGAUUAGCCACAUCCUACUCGAGUUCUUUUGCUCCCGUUGGACGGAGGAUAGUGGGUCGGACGUUGCCGGCCUGCUCCCGAGAGCUGAAUCCCAAAUCGAAGUGGCUGCGAAUGUGUUGCGAGUCGUGUCCGGGACUAGUACGGAUGUGGGUCAGCAGGUUGAUCCUGAUCGUGAGGUGGAGAUAGACCCUAUGGCCCAGAGGGUCGAUGAGCCUGUGGCCGACCUCUCGGACUUUUCCCCAUGA